AUGCUCCGAUCGCGCAUCCGCAAUGUCAAGCCGCAGAUCGACACGCGACCACCUGAAAGCAUGGCUCUCGACCACGUGCGAAACAAUCUGAAGCGGGAACAGCUUCUUGAGGAAAGGUACCAUGCCAUUGAUCGUGACAACCGCAUUCUUUUGCAGAAGAUGUCAGACAUCAUGAAGACACCAUCCGCGAAAUCCGGCCUUGGCGGCGUUCAGAGUAGCCCGACCAGUCUUACGCGAGAUGCUCGAAAAGCAGAGCUGUCGCGAAUUACACAGGAAAAUCUUGCUAUCCUGAAGCGCAUCCAGCAGGCGCAGCCCGUGUACAGUCACGUGGAAUGGGAUGACUCGUACCGACGCAGUCAGACCUACUUGAAGCGGUACCGGCUCGUUUGUUGCAUAUGA